CCGUGGCCGGCAGAGCCUAUCGCCGGGAGCGCGGAGCGCGGAUAAAUGUAGCGCCGCGGCGCGGGCCGCCAGCUCUCCGAGGGGCCGGAGCGCAGCGGAGCCAUGCAGUACCCACACCCCGGGCCAGCGGCGGCGGGCACCGUGGGGGUGCCGCUGUACGCGCCUACGCCGCUGCUGCAGCCGGCGCACCCGACGCCGUUCUACAUCGAAGACAUCCUGGGCCGCGGGCCCGCCGCGCCCACCCCCAACCCCACGCUGCCGUCCCCCAACUCCUCCUUCACCAGCCUCGUGUCCUCCUACCGGACACCGGUAUACGAGCCCACGCCGAUCCAUCCCGCCUUCUCGCACCACUCCGCCGCCGCGCUGGCCGCCGCCUACGGACCCGGCGGCUUCGGGGGCCCUCUGUACCCCUUCCCGCGGACGGUGAACGACUACACGCACGCCCUGCUCCGCCACGACCCCCUGGGCAAACCCCUGCUCUGGAGCCCUUUCUUGCAGAGGCCUCUGCAUAAAAGGAAAGGCGGCCAGGUGAGGUUCUCCAACGACCAGACCAUCGAGCUGGAGAAGAAGUUUGAGACCCAGAAAUACCUCUCUCCGCCCGAGAGGAAGCGUCUGGCCAAGAUGCUGCAGCUCAGCGAGAGACAGGUUAAAACCUGGUUUCAGAAUCGACGCGCUAAAUGGAGAAGACUGAAACAGGAGAACCCUCAAAGCAAUAAAAAAGAAGAACUGGAAAGUUUGGACAAUCCCUGUGACCAGAGGCAAGACUUGCCCAGUGAGCAGAAUAAAGGUGCUUUGGAUAGCUCUCAAUGUUCACCAUCCCCUGCCUCCCAGGAAGACCUUGAAUCAGAGAUUUCAGAGGAUUCUGAUCAGGAAGUGGACAUUGAGGGUGAUAAAGGCUAUUUUAAUGCUGGAUGAUGACCACUGACAUUGGCAUGUUCAGAAAACUGGACUUGGGAAUAACAUUUGCUACAGAAAAUCUCCAUAGACAUACUGGAAAACUAUGAGAAAGGGAAUCAAUUUUCUGGUAUUCUGGAAACCUAAAAUAUUUGGUGCACUGGCUAAGCAGCAAACUUACACUGAAACCUUAAUUUUGACUUAAAUGGUUUAUGUACUGAUUGUAGGUAUAUGAUGAAGGGACUCUUCACUGGUUAAAUUCACCCCCUUUUUAAAAAAGUAAAUUUGUUUUUUUAUUUAUAAAAAGUAAUUUUGAACUUUUUUGUUAAAUUUUUAAGUUAUAACUAAAGGUUUUAGUAGGAUCUUCUUGAAUUUAAUCUGUAUCUGCAUCCCACUUAAUGGAAAAGCAAAAGGGCACCCCAGAUCCAGAGGUUUGCCUUGCUCAUGGGGCCCACAUUUCAGGCAGCCUUGGACUAUUUUAAAAAAGAAACUUCCUUUACUUUUAUAUUACAUUCUUAUUUUAGUAUAUGUGCUGCCGAAGCACUAUAUUACAUUUUUAUACUGCUGCCUUAAAUCCAAUAUGAUCUCAGAGCUCCUGUCUCGGGGAUGUGUGUGUUCUUUUUGUCAGCGAGAUCUAGUUGAUGAGAAUCUUAAAUGCUUGUUUUGCACUAUCACUUAGUACCUUAUAUGAGCAAGGUGUAAAGGGAAUAGUACAGUCCAAUUCAAGCAGAGAAACUGACUCAUCGGGGACUAAAAUUAAUCACAGAUGAACUAGAAGUAGCAGGUUAAUUAAAUGUAAGUAGACUGUAGAUACUAUGUUUUAUAUCAAACUGUUUAUAAUGUGUUGUAUAUAUAAUUGUUCACUGUAAAAAAAAAAAAGACCAAAAUGGUGUUUUUUUAAAUGAGUAACUUGUGUAUAAAAUAAACCCGUCGGUGGGACGACUGACCUCGA